AUGAACAAGAAGGAAGUGCCGAGUGGCAAAGACGAAGGCGGCAGCAACCCGGAAAAGCCCUCAGAAGAAGACGCCUCUGCUGAGACUGAGGGAGGCGAGGAGAAGGAAGGGAAAGAUACAGAUGCUGAAUGCAUUGAAGAAGAAAAGGAGCUUGACAAGGCGCAAGAGAAAAUAAAACACGCUCAAGAAGAACUCAAUAAGCUGCAAAUACGUGAGAAAGCAAAGGAGGCAGAAGAAUUGGAGAAACGCGCGGACACAAUGGCAGAAACGGAGGCAGAAGAAGCGGAUGACGAAAAACUCAGCGGAGAAGCGCUGGAAUGUGUUUUAAAGGCUGUUACUUGUUAUGUUAGGGAUGUUUGGUGGGUUUCUCUUUCAUGUUCGGCUUCUUUCCCUGCGCUUCCCGCACUCGGGGGCUCUCAAGAUCACCUCGGGUUUCGUCGCGAUCCUUCUUUAAAUUCGGUGGAACGUCGUUUAAUUUUUGUUGACAGACCCAGCAAGACGGGUGUUUCAGCAGCCGGCAGCCUCCGUGGAUCGGUUGGUCCCUUUGCAUGGUUUCCCAUCGAAAGCAGCACGAAUAAACAGCUGCUGAGGAGGGUUACUGCAGGCUCUCUUCGACGAGGCGUAUUUGCCGCAAUUAAUGGCGUCAUCGGGUCUGUACAGCUGCAUGCGCUUGGGAGGCCCCCUACACACGAAUCGUUUCAUAGGGGCGGCAGGAGUCUGCAGCAGCAGCCACUUUCUCCUCUUUUGAGCUCUCCACCGCAUUCGCCUCUCUCAGCUCUUGAAGACCACUCAGUAGAGGAGGACUACAGCGCAAGAGACUGCGCCUUGCAGUCACAGCAUGCACAGACAGGAAGAGAGGAGAAGAAUGAAACAGACGCGGCAACUGCCACCAAAGAAGGAGUUGAAUAUGCAGGGUUUACAACGCGUCUCCGGCGAAUUCUGUGUACAGUCGCACAGACCAUGGGGAGACAAAGAAACAAAUCAACCCCUGCGGGUUUAAUACGUAGCGAAGAGGGGCCCUUGAAAGCGUCUUUGGGGUUUGUUGAGGCCCCUGCGGCCUCUGCAACUGCACAGACACACGAGGCCUUUUCCUCCUCUUCGCAGGAAUCAGCUGUCCAUACACCCGAACGUGCUGGCACUAAUAACACUCAACAGCCACUGGCGGACGACGAGGCCCCCCUUCCCCCCGUAGCAUCAGAAGCUGCAACUGUUAUAGCGGAAGGAGGCAACGAAGGCGAAGGCUGCAGCGAAGAAAAAGAAUUAUAUUCUCUUCAUGAAUACCAUAAGACGCAAGCGACACUGAAAAGGCAGAGCAGAGCUUUCAAAAAGUUGCAGGCGAGACAGCAAAGGCCUUCACUCCCCGUGCAACAGGAGGAGCAGCAGGAGCAGCAGCAGGAGCAGCUGCAGCCAAUGGCCCCCAACGAAGCUGAAGACGCCGAAGACGCCCCUGUAGGUGUCGCUGCCACUGCUGACGAAACAGCAGCAGAAGCAGCAGCAGCAGGAGCAGCAGCUGCAGAAGAAGCAGCAGAAGCAGCACCUGAUGAAGCAAAGCAGGCGGCUUUGAAUGAAACCCGAAGUUUUGUGGGCGUCCCUGGGGCGGCGAAACUCGAAGAGGAGAUUUUAGAGAAAUCAACAGAAAUAUCAACACCAAAAGAUUUAAAGGGGCGCCCAGCGGGGGACUCCACACCCACAGGUGCAGCAGCGACAGCAGCAGCAGCAGCAACAGCACCGGCUCGCCGAGCACUCGCUAACGGCAGCAGGGAGGACGCCCGUCUACAGCAGCAGCAACUGCAGCAGCAACAGCGGGGCACGCCCGCCCGCGGUGCUGUUGCUAGGAAUUUAUCUGCUGCAUCACAGGAAGAAGGGGGCCCUGCGCUUCAAGGGCAAGGCCGGGGUUCGCUUGGUUUGGAGACAGCGGUGCUGCAGCAGCUGCUGCAGGCUCUAAAGGGUUCGCUGCAGCAGCAGACAGUGGCGAGCAACGCCUUAGCAGCUUUUCUUGCAGCAGAGAGCGUUCAAAGGGCAGCACAGCCAACAGCCUGCGUGGUCUUGUCGGGGGGCCCUCCUGAGGCCCCUGCCAGUGGCGCUGCAACAGCAACAACGACCAGCAGCAGCAGCAACAGCAGCAGCAGCAGCAGCAGCUCAUGCUUUAGCAGGACUGGGGACUGGGCAGUAGAAUAUCUGCUUAAGGGGGGCGUCCUUGCUGCACUUAGCCGCAUUCUGAGUGACCCAACUCCGAGGCCCUUCUGGCCCCGUUGGCUGCAGCGGGGGCCCCACCCCUCAGCUACGCGGGAACGGCAGAAGGCCCUGCAGCAACUGCAGCAGCUGCAGCUUAAUGCGCUGCAGCUGCUGCAGCAGUUAGCCCUCUGGGGCCCCCACGUCGAGCAGCAGAUCGCGCACCACCGGGGGCUGCUGGCAGCACUAAGGCGAAUUGCUGCAGAGGGGGAGAAGGUGCCCACUGGGUCGGCCGACGUAGCAGCAACAGCAGCAGCAGCAGCAACAACUGCAGCAGCAGCAGAUGGUAAGCCAGGUGCAGCCGCAGGACAGAAUGCGGGGUUGGGGCCCCCGGGGGCCCCCAAGCCAAACGGCAGCGCCCAGGCGGUGGCGAGUCAAAUGCUGCAGUCUGAAGGAGAAAAGUCCUGCGAAGAAGAAAUUGAAGAGAAGAAGACAACAAAGGAAGAGCUAUCUUCUUUAGGGGGGCCCCCUAAAGCAGUGCAGCAGCAGCAAACAUCACGGCCUCCUGCUGCUCCUCCCUGCAGCUCCUCUGCUGCAGCGAAGGGCAGCGAAGAAGAUUUAAUGUCUCCUUCUGCUGCCAACCGAGAGAUGCAUGCAACAGCAAACAAACACGUAGGUAGGGAAGAAACCCCAGCAGCAGCAGAGGUAGAAGCACAAGCAGCAGUAGAAGCAGCCGCAGAAGCAGCAGCAGAAGCAGCAGCAGGAGGCAUGGAGGCGGCUUUAGCAGCCGAGUCAAAGACAGACGCUUCGUCUCACGGUCGUGCAGGCAUGCCUACGUCAGCAGCAGCAGCAGCAGCAGCAGCAGCAGGGACAGCAGCAGCAGCAGCAGCAGCAGCAGCAGCGACAGCAGCGUGCCUUGCUGAGGAGAAGGCAGCGGGGGAUCUGCUGCUGCUUCAAGGUACAGCAGAAGGUGUCGCUCGCUCUCUCUUAGAGCGGCUGGAGGCGCGGCGAGCUGAGGGCUUAGAGGGGGGCCCCUUGGUGCUGCAGGAGACACCUGGGGGCCCCGCUGCGGCCGGCUCUCCUUUGAGUAUGCUGAAGGCUCGCGUCACUUCUUUCCUCUCCGCCUUUAGCAAGCAAAGAGACGCACACAACUCGGUGCAGCCCCAAGCUUUUGUUGGCGCCCCUCCAUGUGGGGCUCCAGCCAAUUCCUACACAGCCCAGCAGCAGCGACCUGGUGCUGCUGCUGUUGCUGCUCCUGCUGCUAUUGCUGCUGCUGCUGUUCAUGAAGGUGCAGCGAAUGCAGCGAGAGAGAGAGGGGAAGAUAGCGGGUGGGUUGGCACAGUUGAAGGGGAGAAGGAAGUAAAAGAAGACCGAGGGAGUUGGUUUGGCUUAGGGCGAUUCAUAGCUGCAUGCAUGGGGUGUAUGUACACCGCAGCACGCAGCCCCAGCGGCGUCUACUCCAAACGCCAGCUGAAGCAAAAAGUCUUGUGGGUGCCGCUAUGGUUGGGGGGAGUCGGCAGCGGAGGCCUCUGGGCUGCGAUUGCUGCUGCUGCAGGGGAGGCGGUGGCCUCGGUUAUGAAGGAGAAGGUCGCAGAGCAGCUGCGGCAGCAGCAGCAACAACAGCAGCUGCAGCAGGUGGAGGCCCUGCAUACACAAACUGCUGCCAAGCAGCAUCGCUGCCAAGGGCUGACUGAGACAGAAAUUGAAUUGCUGCGGCUGCUGCAGGAUUUGCAGCUGGGGGCCCCUGAGGCCGCAGGCGGCCCCAGGUGGGGGCCCUGGGGGGUUUUAGGCAUCGCUAUUACCGAAGAAGAGACGACUAGCAGAGGCGCCUGCUCCCCUUGUGCCGAAGGAGAGAAGGAGGGGCUCGGCUACAGCAGCUACAGCAGCAGCAGCAGCAGCGAACACCCCCUUGCAGGCGUAUUGACAGCUGAGGGGAAGAGGAUUCAGUUUGAGCCUCUCUGUUUGCUUACGGGGCCCCCCAGCAGCCAUGCUGCAGCGCAGCAGCACGGCACUCGCGUGCUGCUUGCUGCAGCAGCAGACACCCACCGCAGCAGCCAGCUGGGGGCCCUCAAGGCAUUGACCCUCCUCGUGCGCCAAGAGGUCCCAGAUGUGUUGCACACUGUGGCUGAAGAGCUGCGCAGCAGCAGCAGCAGCAGCAACAGCGACAGCAACAGCAGCGCGUCUGGAAUUGGGAGUGGCGGACGGAGUCUCGACGCAGGUUUGGCAGCUGCCGUGAGCGCCCCUUACACCAGCAGCAGCAGCAGCAGCAACAGCGACUCAUGCUGGGGUCGUUCGGCUUUCUGGCAUUGCGGGGCUGGAGCUUCAGUUAGCGUGGAGCAGCAGCUCCAGGGGGAGGAAGUGCAGCUAGCAGCAUUAAAUUUUUUGUACGAAUUAUUUACACGGCAGGAAAAGGUGAUGGUGCCUCUGCUUCAGCGCUGUGUAUUGCUGCGGGAAGCACUGCAGCAGGUGGUUGCUUGCUGCUCUUCUCAGCUGAGUGCGUCUGCUGCUGCAGGAGGUGCUGAUAGGCGCGUUGGUGUUAGGGAAGCCCCUACUACGUAUGUCUAUGAGGGAGAUGAAGAGGGGCGGGGGCCCCUCGUAGGGGUCCCGCAGGGGUUUGAAUUGCGUGGAGAUGCUCUGGGGCUUCUGCCUCCAGCUGAUCGACAGAAGAAAGUUUCUUUGGGUGUUGCAGGGCCUCUACGCUUAGCUUCUGUUGUUUCUGCUGGGGUGUGGGGGCCGGAGAAGUGGCGGCCUCUAAGAUCAGGCCAGAGAGGGCUGCGUAUAUUGGCAUUAGAUGGAGGAGGCGUUCGAGGUGUAUUGACAGUCGCUAUAUUGAAAGAGAUUGCUGCAGCAUUAGGCGGCGAUCUGAGUUCAUCAUUUGAUAUUAUCUGCGGCACUUCUACUGGGGGAGUAUUGGCAGUAUUGCUUGGACUUGAGCGCGCAACAGCAGCAGAACUCGAGGCCCUCUAUGAUGCAUUAAUAAGAGAGAUAUUUGUUAAAGAUGCAGCCCCAGUAGCAGGGGCUCGCCUUGUUAUGCGUCAGGCAUACUAUGAUGAAACCCUCUGGGAAUCUAUACUCUUCAGGGCCUUUGGAGAGGCAAGGAUGAUUGACUUUGCUGCUGACAGCACCGCCCCUAAAGUAUUUUGUUUAUCAACAAAUGUUUCUUCAAACCCAGCUAAACUCGUUGUAUGGCGGAACUAUAAUUAUCCAACGACCCCUACAGAAGACUGCACCCAAAGGAAGCAAGAAAUGCAGACACAAGGGGGCCCCUCUUCGUGGCAUUCGCUGCAGCAGCUGCUGCGGCAGUUGCUGCGGCCUGCUGCUGCUGCUGGCACAGCCACUGCCGGUGCCCCUGCAGCAGCAGCAGCAGCAGCAGCAGCAGCAGCAAGCGGAGGAGGGGGCGGGACAUAUGAAGGGUCUUGCUGCGUGUUAGUACGAGACGCGCUGCGAGCAACAACAGCAGCACCUGGUUUCUUUAGCGGCAAGAAGGUUGGGGGAGAGACAGUAAUUGAUGGGGCGCUGCUUGCAAACAAUCCAGCAGCAGUAGCUGUUGCAGAGGCCCGUGCGCUGUAUCCUGAGGCGCCUAUUGAAGUACUUGUAAGUGUAGGCACAGGCCAAUGUGCUGCUGAAAGAUGCAACGAAAGAAUAGGGUGGGAGGCUGUCUUUACUCAGCUUGUAGGUGCUGCUACGAACACCGAAGCUGUGCAUCAGCUGCUGCAUGAUUUGCUGCCUCCUUCUGUCUAUUUUCGUUUUAAUCCAGUUAUUGAAAAUGUGUCGAUCGACGAAACAGACAAAGACAAAUUAGAAGCCCUCAAACGUGCAGCUCAGCUGUACGUACAGCAACCGCACAACAAAGCAGCAAUUCAGCGCCUUGUCGGCAUACUAAGGCCUCCACAGCCUCUUCAUCAGCGCUGCAUUCAAUUCCUACAAGCCUUAGGUAAACAUGCAGCAGAAAUGGGGGCCAGCAUCAACAGCGGCGCAGCUUCGUUCCUUCAGAGGGCACGCAGCCACCCAACUCUAGCGAGCCCCAUCUCCCCCGCUGACUCCGCACUUCUUCGCUUCUUUAAAUGCUUUAGGGGAGAAGCACAAGAAACAAACAGCAGCAGCAGCAGCAGCAAUAAUGGCAUGGUGAACAACCAACUACCAGACAGUCAACACGCAUCCGCGCGGCCACUUGCUGCUGCUGCUGCGGAAAGCAGCAGCAACAACGACGACAACAAUAACAGCGCAGAAGGAUGCAGCGGAGCUGCUGCUGCUGCACAAACAGGGGCACCAACAGCAGCAGGAGAAUCAGCACGAGAGGCCCUCGCACCAGCUGCUUCUGCAACUGGUGCUGCAGGCACAGCAGCAGCAGGAUCUGAAGCAGAAGGAGAUGCAGGGGCAGGGUGUGGUGCGGAUGCUUCAGCAGCACAGAAGGAGGUUGCUGCUGCUGCAGCAAGCUCUGGUGCUGCUGCUGCAGGCGCAGAGGGGGUGCUGAAGUGGGAGAGCGGGUGGGGCGGUGAUGCUGGUAGUCGGCGAUCUUUUUUUGCGUGGCUAGCGAACAUACCGAAGACCAAAGGCAGCAGAAUGCAGCAAAGAAAUAAUAUAUUUGAUGCACUGGAGCUCCUGGGAAGAAGGCAAAUUGCAGCAGCAACAGAAGGAGAAGCAGAAACUCUCGUGCCCCUCACAGGUGUUAGACAUGUCUUACAAGGCAUCUUCCAGCGUAUACAGGGCAACCUAUAA